GACCGGUUUAAUGUCCUUAGACCGGCCAAAAGGUAUCAGACCGCGUUCUUCCGGUUCUUGGUCGUCGUUUGGGGGUUGACUUUUCUUAUUCUUUUUGCCACCACUUUACAGAUAGAGAAGAAUCUCUAGUUGAAGCCUCAAUAUUCUCUACACAAAAAUGGCCCUCUAAAUCUGUAAGUGCUAAACUUUCAUUUCAAAAUUUCACUGAAGCUACAAAUAUUUUUUCUCCAUUUCUUGGAGUAUUCAGAUUGGGUUCAGCCGUUUUUUAUUUUCAUUUGUUCUUUUGUGACAAUUUAGCACAUGACCCAUAAGCCAAAAAACUACCUUGGUGUUCUUGAAAUUCAUUUUUUGUGACAUAUAUAUUGGAAGGAAAUUACAGUUGUUCAUACAGAGACUUUUUCUGGCUUGUGAAUUGUGGGUAUGGCUUAGAGUUGGUGAUAUUGUUUAUUGAUUUCUCAUGGUUUUGGAUGGAGAAGUUCUAAUAUCAAACUUCAUCAAAUAUGCUGCCUCCACGUCCCAACGGCUUACCUCCGUCCUUAUUUCUUGCAUCUUCAUCAGAUGCCAGAGCAUCAACUGAUAAUCAGGAUCCCAGAAUGAACUCUGAUCAGCAUCGUGAAUCGCCUGCUGAGAGUGCUAGUUCAAGAGAUACAUGGCCUGUUAUUGAUGCUGCUACUCAAGUGAAGCUUGAGAAUCAGAAAGCUGAAGAUGGUUAUUAUGAACACUCUGUGAUUCACAGGCCUGCUAGUGCAAAUAAAGUCUCUCUUCUUGAUAUAGCAAGAGAACAAGUGGAUAUAAUAUCUGAAAAAAUGUAUUUGCUCCCUAAUGAGUAUUUAGAAGAGCUAAAGGGCAGGGUUCGAGGGAUGCUUGAGGGAAAUGGUGGUCCUCAGCAAAGAGAUGAGUUUUUGUUUUUACAGAGGCUUGUUCAGAGUAGGUCUGAUUUGACUGCAAAGUCAUUGAUUAAAGCUCAUAAAGUCCAGCUGGAAAUUCUUGUCGCCAUUAAUAGUGGCAUUCAAUUUUUCCUACAUCAAAGUAUGAAUCUUUCUCAGAGUGUCCUGAUUGAGGUUUUUGUAUACAAGAGAUGUCGGAAUAUAGCAUGCCAAAGCCAGUUGCCUGCAGAAGAUUGCCACUGUGAGAUAUGCACCAACCGAAAGGGAUUCUGCAGCCUUUGCAUGUGUGUAAUCUGUAACAAGUUCGAUUUUGAAGUAAAUACAUGUCGGUGGAUUGGUUGCGACUCCUGCGCUCAUUGGACUCACACAGAUUGUGCAAUUCGUGAUAAGGAAAUUGGACCAGGUCCUUCUACUGUGAAUGGGCUGGGGUCUGCUGAAAUGCAGUUUAGGUGUAGAGCAUGCAAUCGCACUUCUGAGCUUUUUGGUUGGGUGAAAGAUGUAUUCCAGCAAUGUGCACCUACCUGGAAUGGGGAAUCAUUGAUAAGAGAACUAACUAUUGUAAGUAAGAUCUUUCGAAUGAGUGAGAACACAAGAGGGAGGCAGCUGUUUUGGAAGUCUGAGGAGCUCAUAGAAAAACUGAAGGGUGGAGUGGCGGAAACAACAGCUUGCAGAUUUAUAUUAACUUUUCUCCAAGAGCUUGAGAUAGAUUCAUCAAAUAGCUAUGAGGCUGGAAAUAAUGGAAGGAUGAUUCCACCCCAGGAGGCAUGCAACCGAAUUGCUGCAGUGGUACAAGAAGCAAUGCAGACAAUGGAUAUAGUGGCCGAUGAAAAAAUGAGGAUGCUAAAGAGAGCUCGCCAAGCUCUCGAGACUUGUGAUCAUGAACUGGAGGAAACAGUCAAGGAAGUUGCAGAACUCAAACUGGAGAGGCAGCGAAAAAGGCUACAGAUGGAUGAAUUAGAGGGCAUUGCUAGGCUUAAAGAAGCAGAAGCAGAUAUGUUCCAGCUUAAGGCAGAUGAGGCAAGACGAGAAGCUGACAGGUUGCAGAGGAUUGCUCUUGCAAAAUCAGGGAAAUCAGAAGAAGACUAUGCCAGCAGUUACCUUAAACAACGUCUUAGUGAGGCUGAAGCUGAGAAGCAAUUCCUUUUUGAGAAGAUUAAACUUCAAGAUCAGAGUUCUCGUUCAUCACAAGGCAAUGACAUCGGUGAUACUUCACAAGAACUUUACUGUAAAAUACAAGAGAUCCUUAAGAGUGUGUAGAGCUCCCAGCAAUGCCAGAAAACCAUCCAAAAGAACAUCUUUCUAAGUGGCCUGAUCUUUAUUCAUGGUUUGUGUCAUUUUAAAUUAUUUUGAAAGAUACAUUGGCAAGACAGCGGCCCUAAAACCUUGUAUAAUUGCUUAAUUUGCUUUUAUUGAUGAAAUUGACUCUAGUACCA